AUGACAUCUCUCUUACACAGGGAGUGUUGCACAUUGAUUCUUGUUGAGCACUGUCCUGCUUCACUUGAUCAAGGAGGCAAUAUUCAUGUCGCUACAGAUGGAAACUUUCAUCAUCAUCACCGGCACUCAGCUGGUGACUGCCCUCGCUUCUAUGAACCAUCAUACUACUUACCAAAGAUGUAUGCUGAUUUAGUUGGCUCUCAAAUAGUCAAGAAAUGGAAGUGCCCUGCUAUGACAUGGGCACCAAAUCUCAUACCUAAUGAGGUCAUCAACCAGUGUGAGAACUCAUAUGAAGCUGCUAAUGGCAAAAAGCAGAAGCCUGCUAUGGAUAACACUUCUAUUACUUCAUGCCUCCACUUUGCAAUGAUGGCUAUGCAUGCCUAUGGACACAAGUGGGGAUGCCAGCUUAUCUACAAUCCCUGUAUGUGCAGUGGACUCAGUUUAUUGGAUGGGGAAGGCACUGAUGUCAACUGCCAGGCAGCUGCCAUCGGAGCUGAAAUGUGCGCAGACCUCAGUGAUUGGGUCAAGCGACAAAUUCAUGACAUUAAGACUCAAACAAAUGCCACACAGGAUGUCCUCACUACCUGUGUUCUUGCUUUACAGGCUGAUAUGGCCACUUCAGAUCAGGCCUUGCAGACCACCUGCACCAUGCUCAAAAGGGAGGCAGCAUCAGAUAACACCAUGGUCACUCUUGAUGGUUUAGAGAGGGGCCACCAAUGUUUAAUGGAGAAGGUAGAAGCACUCUAUGCUUUAUUCAACAUUCAGGACAGGUUUCCAGAGCUUCAAGGUGUCAAUCUGAAUUUUGUCCAUACCCUUCUGAUGGCACAUGACCUCAAGAUCAAUAUAUGCAAACAUGCAAUUGGUAGUUUUUUCGAGUGGGAUAAACUGGACAGGGCAGUUGGUGGGGCUCAGCAAGCUUUGGGCAUGAAGCUUCAUCAACAAACUCAUAAAGCAAUAGCAAAGAGACAACCAGCACUGAUGACUGCUAUUUGUAAGUUCAACUCUUAUUGUGAGCACCUAGACAGCCUCUAUGACCCUUCAUGGGGGAUACCACUUCCAAUGGCACUUCCAACCAAACUUGCGGAUUUGCACAAUGACCAGACCCUAAUGGAGGACAUCUGGAUUAUGCCCUCUGCAGGAGACAUACCACACUGGUUGAAUGAUUCGGACAUGAGAGAUGGAAUCCGCACCCUCCUCAAACAUGAUCAAUGUCAAGAGGAACAGCAGUGUCUCAGUAUUGAAGCUGACAACCUGUGCUCUUAUUUUGGAGAUGAGCUCUCUGCUUUAGAGCUCACGCUUUCUUCUGAUGCAAACCACUUUCUUCAGCUACAAUCACACUGGGUAAAUCCAUUUGCUUCUGUAGCUUGCUUUUCUAGUCAUGCUAGAGAAGCUUCAGAUGUCGUGAAGACACUUACAGGAGACAAUGACAUCCCAGACUUCGAAGCAGGGCCAUCAGAUGUCGACGCACACUUAUUGUAA